AUGGCCACCGUCCCCGCCCUGGUAGUCGCGGGCCCUUCAGGCGUCGGAAAAGGAACCUUGUUGAAGAUGAUUAGGGCCCGAUAUGGGGAAUAUUUGGAAUUUACUAUCUCCUGUACGACUCGAGCGCCUAGGGAGGGUGAGGUGGACGGAAAGGACUAUUAUUUCAUAACCAAGGAAGAAUUUGAGAAGAGGGUUCAAGACAACCAGUUUCUGGAACAUGCGACGUUUGCAGGCAACCGAUACGGUACAGGCCUAUCUGAAAUUGCGCGCGUCCAACGGAUGGGGAACAAGAUUUGCCUCAUAGAGAUUGAACUAAAUGGCGUGCAGCAGUUGCAAAAGAACCCCAAUGUUCUCGCCAAAUAUGUGUUCCUCUAUCCUCCCUCCACGGAAGCGUUGGCUGAGCGAUUGCGGCUAAGAGGCACGGAGUCGGAGGAGACCAUCCAGCGGCGCCUGGAGACCGGCCGGCAGGAGAUUGAGAUUAUGGAUCAACUGACCUGUAACCACAAGAUAGUUAAUGUGGAGCUUCAGGAUGCAUACAAGUCCCUCUGCGAGUACGUUGAGUCAGCCUUCGAUUUUAUCAAAAUCGACUCUUAG